AUGAGAGGCCUCACCUCGAAACCCGAAGCAACAUAUGCGUCAGAGCGUACCCAUGCAGAGUCAUAUUGGGAACGACUAUUUGGGUGGUGUUGGCGUCCACAAUCAGAAGCCACGGCACAGCCACAAGAACAAAAUAGAUAUCAUCACAUACCAACGCACGCAGCAUCAUCUUUUAUGAAGACAUCAACGACGCCAGCUAUGAUUCCACCGAUGGAGGAACAAUCGAGACGGCAGAGAGGCGAGAUACAGGGGCCGCCGGUUAGCGGAGAGAGGGAUCCGAAUCAGAGUUUGAUUUAA